GGUACUGCUUUGUUUCUUAUGGACUGUACGUAUGACAGAAAUGGAUCGGAGAGCAUUGAAUGGUUUCUGGAAUUUUUGGAAGAUCUGGCUUUCGAUCAAAAAGCGGCUGAUUUACCAUGCCGACAAAUGCAUUUUGCUAUUCUUGGUAUUGGCGAUCCAUGUAACGAUCACAAACAGUAUAAUCGAAUAGCGAAAGCUUUGACGAGGCGACUAAAUUCCAUCGGAGCUGUUGCUCUUUAUCCAUCGUGUUAUAUUUGUAGUGGUUCGAGUGCAGGACUAGAAAAGCAAGCGGCAUCUUGGGCAUUUCGAAUCGCUAAAAUGUUGGAUAAGCACGCGGCAAGAAUCACAAAAUCACGAAGCUUUUGGUACUACGAUAGCGGCAGCAGCAGUAAUAAAAGUGAUACAGACGACGCGCAGGAAUUUCUUUCCGAUCAUGUGUAA